GGCCUGCCGCGAACUAGAACUUGCGAUGUAGCAACGAGCAAGCUUCCUAAUGCCUAUUUGCCAACGGCGAUGCUGCUUCACUCGUAACAAACCGACCCAGCAUCCAUCCUUCCACAAACCCGGCUCUUCCUAACCGACCCCCACCCCCUCGCCAGGCGCCAUGUCCCGCAAGGGCGUCGGCCUGGCGGCCUUCGACCGCAGCCGGCUGACGUCGGCGCAGUACGCCAGCCACGGCUCGACGCUGCGGACGACGGACGCGGCGGCUCUGGAGACGCAGCUGGCCGUGUUCCGGUCGCUGGUGCAGCAGUUCGCCCAGACGCACGCCAAGGACAUCCGCUCCGACCCCUCCUUCCGCGCCCAGUUCGCCCGCAUGUGCGCCGCCAUCGGCGUCGACCCGCUAGCGAGCAGCAGCGGCGGCUCCGCGGGUGGAGGCGGCGGUGGUGGUAUGGGCUCGUCAGUCUGGGCGCAGCUGCUGGGGAGGUCGGUCAAUGACUUCUACUUUGAGCUGGCGGUCAGGGUGGUGGAGGUGUGUGGGGAGACAAGGGGGGAGAAUGGGGGGCUGAUCGAGGUGCGAAAGGUGAGGGAGAGGAUUGUCAGGGCGAGGAUGGAGGGUGCGUCGGAUAUCACGGAGGACGAUAUCCUUCGCGCUGUUGGGACGCUCAAACCUCUUGGGUCGUCGUACUCGGUCAUUAAAGUCGGGAGUAAGCCGUAUAUACGCUCGGUUCCUAAGGAGCUCAACAUUGAUCAGAGUGCCGUGCUCGAGGCGGUCCAGGUGCUUGGAUACGUCAGCGUGUCCAUGCUUAUGGUGAAUCUCAGGUGGGCCAGGGCGAGGGCCCAGACAGCUGUUGAGGAUCUCGUCGGCGAGGGCAUGUUGUGGGUCGACAAGCAAAACCAAGAAUUGGAGUUUUGGAGCCCGGGUUUCAUGCUGGAGGCCCCAGAGGCCACAUCGCUGGGCUGAGAGUGCAAGCUAUGACGGGCGAUAACCAGACGAAGGGGCCAUUAUCAUAACAUACACAGAUAUCCGGAUCGGCAAGUGAGAUCGGCAUCUUCUACGGA